AUGUCGAGUACACCGGAGGAGAAGCCCCAGCGGGCGAGCGCUGCGCAGUUGGCCAACAGAAAAAUUAGAGAUGUUCGGAGGCGACGGCCAGGCACUGCCGCACCAUCUCCCACACCACCACCACAACAACAACAACAACAACAACAACAACCUUUCAACAGCCCGUUCGGCUCCCUCAAUCAGAACGCCAACCCGCCCGCUCCCACAAACGGGUUCUCAUUUGGCCAGUCUCAGAGUUUCCCAGGCCCCGCUCCCACUACGAGUCAGCCCGGCACAAACGGAACAUCAUCGCCAUUCUCUUUUGGUGGUGGAAGCGGCGGCCCUUCCUUUAAUUUCGCCGCAGGGGCCACUACAACAGCAAGCAAUCCAUUUGCUACCGUGAGUACGGCCGCUCCGAGUCAACCAGCCGAUGGCGGUAGCUUCGGAGGGUUCAAGGGAAACAUCUUCAAUCUCGCACCAGCAAGCCCGGCGCCUUCUGGUGGUCUCUUUGGUGCGACCUCUGGUCCUUCCGCCGGGGCCACGCCUGCUACUAGCGGUGCUGGUCUAUUUGGACAAACAAGCGCUUCGAGUCCUGCGCCGACGCCCGCGGCUUCGACGAGUAUCUUCGGCCAGUCAACCUCGGACAAGCCAUCCAUCUUCGGCCAAUCUACAGGUUCUGCGGACGAUUCGAUGCAAACUUCUCCGGACGCCAAGAGCAGCACUGCAUCGAAGCCGUCCAUCUUUGGCAAUGGAACUACUCCCGCACCACCUCCUACCUUUGGCGGUUUUGGCGGGGACAACCUAUUCAGCAAGCCUGCAAGCUCUGCACCCAGUCCGUCGCCCACCAAGCCUCUCUUCGGCGCGAAACCAGACGAAAAAUCUACUCCAGCAAUACCAUUCACCUUUGGGGCCAAGCCCGCAGAGCAGUCCGGCGUGGCGUCGCCCUCCAUUUUCGGCGCGACCACUCAAACCAGCUCUGCAACGACCACCCCUACAACUGCACCUUCUCUAUUUGGAGCCUCUACAUCCCAGAACCCCUUCCAGUCCGGCAAUCUCUUCUCAGGUGCCCCUGCGGCAACCGAAAAGCCACAAGAAGAGAAAAAGCCAAGCGACUCUGCUCCCAAGUCGCCGUUCCAGUUCACGCCGUCUGCCUCCACUGGACCUUCGUUGUUUUCCAAGAGCGAGACUGCACCAGCACCGGCUGCAUCUGGUGGAUCGUUCGGCCAGAACCCUAGUCUUGGUGCAUCGCAGCCUCCAUCCACAGGCAACAUCUUCGCGCCUAAGCCACCGACUUCCACAGAAGAGAAAGCUCCCGCAGCCAACCCGUUCGGCGGUAUUUUUGCGCCCAAGCCAGCUUCUGAAAGCAAACCGGAAGAGGGAAAGCAGCAACCUGCAGCCCAGCCCUCUUUUGGCGGCGGCCUCUUUUCUCCCAAGCCAAGCGAGCCGGCAGAACCUACCACCUCCACACCUUCUUUCUCGGCUUCUACGCCUGCUGCCGGUACGGCCAAGCCUCCAAGCGCUUUCCAACCGUCUACUUCUCUGUUCCAGCCACCUCCCGCCGCGGCUCCCAGGCCGGCCUCUCAGCGUCUCGAGACGAUGCAGCCCAAGGGGCUUUCGGUUGACCUCAACAAGCAUCUGCAAGAUGACGUUGAGCUACUGAACCGGGUCCGCAUCCUGAAUGAGUCUUUCAAGCGCGAGAUAACGAAACUUGAUCCAUCUAAAGAUGACUUCGAUCUUGUUAUCCUGUACUAUAUGCGCGUUCGUGAUACGAUCGGGGCCCCUACUGGCGGGGAACAUGCCCCUAAGCGCAAGACUCGGGAUGAAGACGGUGAUCAGGGUGUUCCAGCUCAGAAGAAGGCGAAACCUUUUGGCGAAGCCGCAUCUUCGUCAGCGCCGCAGAUGAAUAUUGCGCCGAGCUCCAUCACCAGCACCUCCUCUAACCUGUUUGGUGCGAGUGAGAUUGCUAAACCCAGCCCCAGUAAGAGGAAAGUGGACGAUGAAGAUGGCAGCGUCUCUGAGCCUCCCUCGGCAAAACGCUCACAGGGCGAUUCUACUACCGCGAGCAUCUUCGCCCAGACCUUCUCUAACUCCAAGUCGGCCGAGUCUGAUAAGGAAGAGCCUUUCCAGUCGCCCGUUUCUUCUCCCUUCAAGCCGUCCACCCCUGAGUCUAAGAAGGUGGCUCCGGUUUCGACCACCCCGACCACAUCUCCCGCAAAGACUCUCUUCCCCACCCCCGCUGCGUCGAAUGAGCCUUCCGCUCCUACCUCGCUUUUCGGUCAGCCUUCAUCCGCGUCGAAGCCCGCCUCCGAAGCACCAAAUACCGAUGCCGCUCCUGCAAAUCCUUUUACACUGAAGCCCACGGAGAACAAGAGUGCAGAGCUAGCGGCUGCCCCGUCGUUCUCGAUGCCAAAGUUCGGUGGUGGCGGUGGCACGAAUUUCUUUGCGCAAUUCAAGACCCAAGCGGAAAGCCACGCCGAGAAGGAGAAGGCCAAGCGGAAGGAAGAAGAUUUUGACUCGGAAGAAGAAGACGAGGCUGAGUGGGAGCGCAAGGAUGCUGAGAAGCAACGCAAGAAGCGGGAGGAGCUCGAAGCCCAAUCGCAGAGGCGGGCUAAGUUCAUUCCUGGACAGGGAUUUUCCUUCGACGAGGAUGGCAGCACAAACACACAAGACUCCAAGAAGUCCGAUGAGACGAAUGGUGUUUCCUUCGCUAGCUCUGCUACGUCGGUCUUUGACACAAAGAGUGAGACCGAGGAAAAACCCAGCAACAUUUUUAGCCACUUGUCUGCUACUCCUACGGAGGUUGAGGAGAACGAUGGCGAUGUCACUGAGGAAGCGUCAGAUAAUGAGGAUGAGGGCCCCGGGUCUAAGGCCGCCACUGUCAGCAAAGAUGAUGGGUCCAACGAUAGCGAAGAUGGCGACUUUGGUAAGGCUCUGAAGAAGUCCAAGGCCGCUGACAAGCCUGCCACGGCCACGGAAACCACCAGUGAGUCCACUCCAGCGAAACCCGCUGGCGGCAGCCUGUUUGGCAGUGUUCAGGACAAGGAAGGUGAGGCUACUCCGAAGAACCCAUUUGGUUCGUUGUUCAGCACCCCGAAGCCGCAGGCUUCGUCAAGUGGAACUCCAAGCCUUUUCGCACCCACUACUUCUACUAGCGGCUCUACGAGUCUCUUCGGUGCGUCCACCAACGCCACCGGCGGAAGCCUGUUCGGCGCCUCGACAGUCGGUACCGGAUCUCUCUUUGGUGCAGGCCAGAACGGUGUCAAGAAUGACCAGACAUGGAAGAAGGACUCCCCUAUCAAGUUUGCAUCGGACUCGAGCUCCACCUCGAAGCCGGAUACUUCUUCGUCCGAAGCCCCGAAGCCAUUCUCUACCCUGUUUGGGGCAGGUGGUGCGCCCAAGCCAACAUCUGGUGAUUCCAAACCGUCGCUUGGGUUUACAUUCGGCGCUCCUUCAACUCAGACUUCUUCUAUCUUCUCCUCUGCAGCUAAUUCCGCCGCAACCAGCGCUGCUUCAACGCCAGGGACUUCUGAUGCCGGAGCUGGCGAGUCCGGUGACGGCGAAGCAGCGGAAGCUCUGCCCCAGGUUAACCUGGCUCGCGGUGGCGCAGGCGAAGAGAACGAGGAGGUGCUCAUGGAAACUCGCGCUCGUGGAUUGAAGAUGGCCAAGGAGGGAUGGGACAGCCAGGGUGUUGGUUUCGUUAAGAUCCUGAAGAACCGGGAAACUUCUCGCUCCCGUGUGGUCCUUCGCGCUGAUCCUAGUGGCAAGGUGCUUCUGAAUGCUUCGUUGAUGAAGGCCAUCAAGUACACUAUCAACGGAACUGGUGUGCUCUUUGCUGUUCCCCAGCCUGAUGGAAGUCUGGAACAGUGGGCUAUCCGGACGAAGAAAGAGGACAUUGGACGUCUUGGAUCUACCAUGGAAGAGGCCAAGGCUUAA